AUGGCCAUGGACCUGGCCGUGGAAAAGGCCUCCAAUGCCGAUUGUCACUGUAAGCAGCAGCAGUCGAACAAUGGGACAGCUACCAACAACCGGCUGUGUCAAUGUCGACCAGUGGCUUUGCUUCGAGUUGAUUCCAGAGUGAACACGUUCCCACUACGAUGCCACCAACAGCAUCAUAAACAAUCGUCAUCAGACCCAUCUAAUGCUGACAACGGCACUACAUGUAUGAAUGGAAGCCACAAUACAACUGCCUGGACGAAACCAAACCUUCGAAAGAUUCAAGUGCAUCACGCGCUGACUCUCAAAUCCUGUCUUGGAUUUCUCCUGUCUCUUCAGGGCAAGCCCCACAAUCAACAGCCGUAUGCAGCCCUUGUCAUUGAUGACAUUGAUUGCCUGGCAUCUUCAUCUGGAGCGAAAGAAAACAUUUUUUCCAUCAGCCACACAGUUGCCAUUCUCAAGGAUACCAUCAAUUUCUUACACAUACCGCCAGCAGUCGUUUGUAUCACAAUGAAGAAUAAGGAUCACCACAAGUUUCUUGCCUCUGGAUUUGGAGCAUCAUUCUUUGACGGGAUUGUCACUCUCACUGAUCAUUCCACAGCGUCAUUGGCUGCUCCCAAUUUUAACCAGCCACUUUGGAAUCGAAUUUGUCAAGCAAACACUGUGGUCCAGCAGGGAUCCUCUUGGACGGCACAAUUCACACCCAGUGGUAGUUGCUUUUCUGAAACGACGAAGAAAAAGAGAGUGGAGUAUCUAAUUGUGUGCAAUGACAGCGGGAACAAUCAUCGAAUAUUUUGGGCUUUGGAAUAA